ACGGCCCAAACAAGAAAACUUAUUUAUUUACGUUUCAGCGCUGCCGCAGUUAGCCGAAGUGCCGUGAGCGUGAGAUUGUACAUAUUGCAACCGAUUUCCACUGGUGUGACACCACAGUUUGCACAACAAACUAGCCACCCACGAUGGCAGAAGCGGAAGGAAAAUUCGACUCAGUAUUGUUUGCAAUGGCAGAACAACAUUCCGGCGGGGUUCCGGAGAUGUUGGCCACAUUCGCCGGGUUCCUCAACAGAAAGACUGACUUUUUCGUGGGCGGAGAAGAGGGUGAGUGGGAGAAGCUGGUGCUGCAGAUUUUCCGCCAGGAGGCGGCCAAAGCGCAGGAGGUGGCGAGGAAAAAGCGCGAGCAGCGCGAGGCCGAAGAGCGACGAAGGCAGGAGGUGCUGCGCAAGAAGCGAGAGGAGGAGGAACAAAGCAAAUCGGCCACUAUCACCGAGCUGACCGAGGAGGAAGCGGAACAGCUGCAGAAGGAGCUGGAUGCGAAAAAACAAAAGGCAGCUGAACCGGCGGUAGAAAAGGUUGUGCCAGCCGAGGAGAGCAAAGAAAACAAGGCCGGAAGUGAUACGGAGGAUGUAGAGCCGGGUGAUGAAGGUAAGCUAAAACCAAACCGUGGCAAUGGGUGCGAUCUGGACAAAUACAGCUGGACGCAGACGCUGCAGGAACUCGAGUUGCGCGUACCGUUCGAUGUAAAGUUUACGCUCAAGGCGAAAGAUGUCGUUGUGAGCAUCCAGCGCAAGCACCUGAAGGUAGGCCUGAAGGGCCACCCGGCCAUCAUUGAUGGGGAGCUGUGCAGCGAGAUCAAAAUCGAGGACUCGCUGUGGCAUCUGGAGAAGAACGCGGUCGUGGUGACGGUGGAAAAGAUCAACCAGAUGAACUGGUGGGACCGGCUGGUGACGACCGACCCGCCGAUCAAUACGCGCAAAAUCAACCCGGAAUCGUCCAAGCUGUCCGAUCUGGACGGUUCCACGCGCAGCAUGGUCGAGAAGAUGAUGUACGACCAGCGGCAAAAGGAGAUGGGUCUGCCGACGAGUGACGAGCAGAAGAAGCAGGACAUGCUGAAAAAGUUCAUGGAACAGCAUCCCGAGAUGGACUUUUCGAAGUGUAAAUUUACCUAAGUAGGCGGCUGUCCUCCGUACUCCCUUUCCUCAUGCUUUCCACUUUCCACCGAUCGGGGGCGCCGAACGGGUCGGACGAUCGAUCGGGUUGUGCAUGACAACGUGUGGCGCGCGGGCACGAGGUUUUUCCUUCGAUUGUAUUUACUCUACAUAAGCCAUCGCCAUUCACCACCACACUACGCCGGUCGUGGCUGUUUGUGCGUUGUUGUGAUGAUAGAUAGCGCCGCAGGUCUUGCAGGCUACGUUCGCUUUCCACUGUACUGUAUUGUACUUUACACGCAUACACACCAUUUGACGUAGAGAAUAGAGCAUUAUCGUUUAAGCGUUCAAUUCAAUUUCAAACCAAA